AUGACAACAACAACCGCCCUUGAAACUUUGGCUCAAGGAGAUUCCAGCAGCAAUCUCUCGGCUCCACUUUACAUCACCAUUGGCCCUCCCAACAGUGGUAAAACCACUUGGCUGCGACGGCAACGGUCUGGUUCGGACUUGGUGGAUGUGGCAUUGGACGAUCAACCGAAUGUGUACAUGGCAAUUCCCUUGGAGCUCUUUGUCGCUUCCCAAUCAUCAUUGCAGAAUGGGACGGACUUGACACCGGAACAUCAACAGCUUUUGCAGCAAUCGUUCUUCCAGAAGACAGUACAAGAACGUCUCUUGGCACCGGAACAGCAAGAGCUUCGAUGGGUCCUGCAACGGCUCUCGGGAGCCGCGGAAUUGGAAGAGUCGAUGCGCUCAAAAUUGAUCAACAAAGAGGAGAAUGAAACCAACGCUAGAAACAUGUCCAAUGCCGAUGACAAUGCCUCGGAACAAGUCCUCCAAUCGCUGUUGCGGAGCACCGAAAACCUGUUGCGCGACGAUACUGCCAUUUCCAAGGUCCCCAUAUUGGUAGAUCUAUUCAUGGUGGAGGCGCUGUUUCAGAAAGACCCUAGCCGAAACAUUACUCAAACCGGCAUCGAACGCGCCACCAAAACACUCCGACAAACGCCCAAGGAUGUUCCCGUUGCAUGGGGAAACACAAAUACUAAACCUCGUGACUACUCGUCGGCUUUGGAAAUUGCACAACAGCAAGGCCGACCAGUCAAUUUUUGUGUCUUUGAGACUGCCAACAACCUCAGCAGCAUCACGCCAUCAGCAGCAGCGACCGAGUCUUUGUUUGACCUACCCAGUCUGGAGUUUCAGGAACUGAUGGAUCGGAACAUCCGUCGUCUGGUGGAAACUGGUCGAUACGUGCCAUCCCAAGUGAUUUGGGACAUGUGUGGUCGCGUCACAGAGUUCCUCGACGGUGCUCUCCGGCAAUUGUCAGAGCACGGCCUUGAGAACGGACCCACCAAGUUUGAUUUUCACCGACAGUUGGCUCGGCUAGCCCACUUUGAUCUGCAGGACAAUCGCACCGUGACGAAACGCGAGCAACCAAAGCGAGAGUUUGGUGGACGGGGUCGAUGGCAGCAGCAGCGAGGACGAUACCAGAACAGUCGCAGCAAUAACCGGACCCAACCUUACACCCACGGUCCCCGCUUCCAGCAACAGAACGGUGGCCGAGGGCGCGUUCGAGGUUGGGAAGAGAGCCGAAGCGGUGGAAGAGGACCCCCCACCCGCGGGAAUCACAACCAACCCUAUAAUCAGAAUGGACGAUGGACCAGUGAUGGUCGCGGGCGGUCCUCUGGUGGUCCUGAUCGGCAAGGCUAUGGACCGUUGGGUGGUGGGCGUGGACGGAUUCACCCGAGCUAUGGGAGCCAGAGCUACACUGGCCCCUCACAAGACGGAGCAUGGAGCGGCCAAAAGCGACAGAAGAGUGAACACAGCCACAAUGGCACCAACAACCAACCGUCCUCCCAAGGCCAAGGGUCGGAACUCUAG